AUGUUUAAUGACAUAGAAAAAUUCAUCUCAUUCACUGAGAGAGAAGGAUUUAAUGAAAAACAAAAACUUAAAAGCAAAUUAUAUCCAGACUCUGACAAAGGUUAUUCAUUACUUGAAUUAUGUUGUUAUCAUGGAUCUGUUGAUUGUUUCAAGUUAUUAAGAACGAAAUUCAACUCAGAAAUUACUCAAACAUGUCUCAAUUUAUCAUUUUUAGGAGGAAAUGCAGAGAUCAUGAGCGAAUGCUUGAAAUAUCAAACACCAGAUUCUUUUUGUAUGGAAUAUGCAAUUAUUUCACACAACAUUGACUUUGUUACAUUCUUAAUGUAUGAAUACAAUAUAAAGAUCGAUGUAGAAUAUUGUGGAUUAUUUAAAAAUCUUGAAUCAUUUUUAGUUUAUUUCGAUAAAACAAAUGAUGUUAACAGAUGCUUUAUUUAUUCAGCAAUGUUCGAUAUUACAUCCCUUUGUGAAUACUUCCUUUCCAGCGGUGCAAAUAUGAAUUUCAAAAAUGAAGACAGGAAAACCGUUCUUCAUUAUGCGGCUCAAUUUUGUAGAAAAGAAAUAAUGGAACUUUUUAUUCCUCACGGUGCAUAUAUCAAUGAAAAAGAUAAAUAUGGAAAAACAGCAUUGUAUUACGCAUUAAUAAGUAAUAAUAAAGAAAUAGUCGCAUUUCUUCUUUCAUACGACGCAACUAUAGGGUGUCUAAAAAGGUGUGAUGGGAAAAAAGCUAUUCAUUUUGCAGUCCAAUAUAGCAGUAAAGAAAUUGUCGAGCUUCUUCUUCAUUUUGGUGCAAAUAUCAGUGAAGAAGAUAAAAAUGGAAAAACCGCUCUUCAUUAUGCAGCAAAAUAUAAUAGAAAAGAAAUAGCCGAACUUCUUAUUUCACAUGGUGCAAAUAUCAAUGAAAAAGAUAAAAAUGGAAAAAUCGCUCUUCAUUAUGCAGCAGAAAAGAAUAGUAAAGAAACUGCCGAACUUCUUAUUUCGCAUGGUGCAAAUAUCAAUGAAAAAGAUAUACAUGCAAGAACCGCCCUUCAUGAUGCAGCAGAAAAGAAUAGCAAAGAAAUGGCUGGAAUUCUUCUUUCACAUGGUGCAAAUAUCAAUGAAAAAGAUAAAUAUGGAUACACCGCUCUUUAUUUAGCAUUAUUGAAUAAAAGUAAAGAAAUAGUCGAAUUCCUUCGUUCACAUGGUGCAAAAAUCAACUAA